AGUCAGUCGCAGACUGGAGUGCCCUGUGAGAGCAGGGGACGGACCGAACGAACGAACGAACUGACUCUAUACCUAACCGCUCGUGACGCCUCGCACGCCGUCUGUCUGUCCGUCUGUCUGCCCGCCUGCCUGCCCGCCUGUCUACCCGCCUGUCUGUUUGUCUGUUUGUCCGAAUGUCCGUCCCGCUUCGAUGUCAUCGUCGUCGUCGUUCUGGUGUUGCUGCUGCGUCCCGGUGCCACUACGUCCCGUGCCAUCUGCUUUCAUGACGCGCCGCGUCGCGAGCAGCGAACCGCUCCGUGCCGCAGCGAGGAGAAGCGCCGACCUCGCUAUCGCGCGUCGUCGCUGAUCGCAACGUGCAUCUCCACACGAACCAGGCAGAAAUUCGAGACUAAAGUGCGUGUCCAGGAAUGGCGCGAUGACGUCCCGUUGAUGAGCGCGCGGUUGGACCGGAACGUGCGUCAUGAGGCCGACCACGGCCGACCAGAACUCCGAAGAGGCACCCUGAUGGCAGUUGACCGCCGGCGAUCGUUCGUCGCGCUCUCAUCGUCCGUAUGUCGCGACGUCGCCACGCGUAAAGACACAGUGAGCGGGAGAGAGUGAAGUGCGUGCUAGGUGCGCUUGUGUCCUGAUUCUUUGAUUCCGCGUGAUAUUCGCUGAGAUAGAAAGAUUGAGAACUGGACGUGGACUUUAAAUAUGUCAGCGUACGCGCAAUUCGGAUAUUCGUAUCCGUCGGCAUCCCAGCUCCUGGUGAGCGGCGGACAGCCGACCACGGCGACGUCGCCGGCGAUGUCGUCAGGGGGUGCGCUGAGCCCAGGCGCACUUUCGCCCUCGUCGACGGCAACUACGACGACGGGGGUGGGCCCUGCGGGCACAGGUGGCGCCACGACCCCCGUGGGUGGCACCACCGGGCCCGGUUGCUGCGAAAACGGCAGGCCCAUGAUAACUGACCCCAUGACGGGGCAAACGGUGUGCAGCUGCCAGUACGACAACGCGACGAGAUUAGCGCUUGGCGCGUACCCCAGGCUAGCGCCCACCGCCACCUCCUACUCCUCUUACCCCACGCCGACGCCCUCGACCGACCAGGGGCCUUACCCCAGCAUCGGCAUGGACAGUUCCGCGUUCUACUCCCCAUUGGGUAAUCCGUACGGACUGAAGGACGCGACGGGGAUGGGCAUGACGCCGGACAUGGGUGCUGCCUGGGGUACGGCCGCCCUUCAACCUGCCCCCGCGGGUUACUACCCUUACGAUUCAGCCCUGGCCGCCUACGGGUACGGCGCCGGCUACGACCUGGCGGCGCGGCGGAAGAAUGCCACGAGGGAGUCGACGGCAACCUUGAAGGCUUGGCUGAAUGAGCACAAGAAGAACCCGUACCCGACGAAAGGCGAGAAGAUUAUGCUGGCUAUCAUCACGAAGAUGACGCUGACGCAAGUCUCCACUUGGUUCGCGAACGCGCGGAGACGCCUCAAGAAGGAAAACAAAAUGACCUGGGAGCCGAAGAACAAGACGGACGACGACGACGACGCGGUGCUCACCGACUCCGAGGAUAAUAAGGAGAAGGACGAUCUCGCGACGGACAAUAGAGGCGACAGAGUCGGCGAAGAGGCGAGACGGAGCCUCGACGAUACUGAGCCGAUGAGGCAUGUGAAAGCGGAGUUGAUGCAGCACGAGAAGGAUCUCGACGACGAGGACGAUCUCGAUCUCGAGGACGAACGUCGACGGAACGAGCAUCCCUUUCACCACACGAUGCAACAUCAUCACCAUCAUCAUCCGGGUUACGGUGGUGAGGAUCAUAUGAAGGAGGAAGGGAUCAAACAAGAUUGUAGCGCCGGUGGCGUGCCGAUCCCAGCGACGAAACCCAAAAUCUGGUCGUUGGCGGACACUGCGGCGUGCAAGACGCCACCGCCGUCUUCGCACCCCCACCAACAGCAAUACCACCACCUGCAUCAUCAGCAACAUUAUCAACAACAACAACAUCACCUACCUAAUCAAGGGCAUCAUCACCACGCGCAACAAGCGUGGCUUGGUGCGGCGGGCGCAGCGGGUGCCGCCGCUGGUGGCGGUGGUGGAGGCGGUGGCGCAGGUGGAGGAAGCUUGAGUUCGUUCGCUCUACCCUCCUCGGCGGGCAUGAGCCCGUCCGCGGCAGCGACGACGCCCUAUUCGAGUGCUGCCGUGAGAUAUGGCGGCUUCCUUUCGUCCUCAUCCGGCGGCCAGCUGCAUUACAACCCCAACUCGUCGUCGGGCUCGAGCUCGAGCGCGUCCUCCUCGGCGGCGGCGGGGUUUCCCGAGGUUGGUACGGACACUCCACCGCAGACGCCACCCAAUAUGAAGGUGGCCACGCCGAACGGAGUGAUCCAGCCGCCGCCGGGUGGUUACUGCCCUGGUGGCAACGCCAAUACCGGAACUAACGGCAAUCCCAAUCCCUAUGGGGCGAGUCACCCCGGCGGUGGAGGCGGUUACCUGUCGACGAGCUCGAGCUCGGCCAACAAUGCGUCGUCCUUCAGCUCACGGCUGCAGAGCUCGCCACACAAGGACUUCUCGCCGGUCGGACAGAAUUCCAUUCUGCACCAGCAUCAAACCACUGCCAGCUUGCCGCCCACGGAAGCUACUACUGCGUUUAAACCUUUCUAUAAAGGCUCGCAGUCGAUGGGUAGCGGCUUCGUGUCGCCGGUCUAAAGAGCCAGCACAAAGGUCCAGGAUGACAGUCAUCUUUCUUUCAAAAAGAUAAAGCGGCGCCGUUGAGGAAAGGUCCUGCGGAGAAGGUCCUGCGGCCGGACUGUAAAUACGCGCUCCUGAGUGGUCUCGGGAUUUAUUAGCGUUAUCUCGACCUCGCGUCAGGCGGGAAGAAAGAAGGAAGCGCGAAGCACUAGCGGCAAAAAGAGAGAGAGAGAAAGAGCGGAUAGAAAAGGGUAGAAAGGGUUGGGAGGAAGGAUGGGUGGACGGGUGGCGGUCGGAGGGCAGUUGACUCUUCGAGAUACAUAAAUCGUUUCCCCGACCUCUCGGAAGGAAACGCGCGACUGGGAGAAGACGAAUGGGGCGGAUAGCGCACGCGCGCGCUCGCACCCGCGAGGGGUGCGAGAGUACGCGAGCGCGGGAGGAGAGCCGGCGGCAGCUUAGGGGAGAUUUAGGAAUUAGGAGAAUUACGUCAAAGUGCCUGCUUACGCACGGCUACGUACGGCGAGGCGACACCGCGAGCCCGGCUAUAUAAGAGGAAAGAAGAAUGUGAGGGACCGCACCGCGGGAGGAUUUAUGCCCGACGCGAGCGCUCCACCCCACCGGUAGAGGAGCGGAGAGUCACUAUUUUCGAUCGGUUACCGGUCACCGUGACCGCACCGACCACCGUGCCUGCCGACGAGCUCUCUCUAGGAGGAGCGACUGCGAGGAGAAGCGCGGGUCCACCUUGUCGCCGAGGCACUCUCAGGUGGAGGUAAACGUUUUCGUGUUACACCCGGGUCGAGAAGGGGAGGGAGAAAGCGGUUGAACGAUUUCUCCGCCGAUGCCCGACACCACCGGUGCAUCGUUUCCACGCAAUAUGCAUGCAUGCGUGCACGCAUAACACAUACAUAUGUAUACACACACACACACACACACACACGUACUCGCGCAACACCGUACCGUCUACACGCGAUAUCGUGAGUCUUCUUCAAUUUUUUGUUUUUCUUCUCGUUUUUUCCGUCGACGUGAGCCAUUCGAGUAGAUCGUUCGGUGUCGUCGGCAAGAAUGAGUUCCCGCGAGCACGUAGAAUCCUCGAUUCUGUAUAUAGAAAAGACGAGAAGCGCCGAUCGCGCUUCGAGAAGCUGCGUCGCAGCAUCACCAGAGUGUAUGUACGCGAAUACACAUACACACACACACACACACACAAUUACACGUGACACAUAUAUACGAUACACCCGCCGGUGGAAGGGCGAGUCGUUUUCGAGAUUCCAUUAUAUCGCCGGUCGAUCCGUCCGGUUUUCGUCGGAAGGACCGCGGGACCGGCUGGUGGACAAACGACGCGCCUCUUCCGAGAUCGCGCGCGGAUUCACAAAUCGCGAAUUCACGGGCAACGUGCAAGUAAGCGAACGAGCAAGCAACCGCCGCACCUUCGUUAUGAGAGGACUAACGAGAGACCUUAGAGACCCACCUAAGAAACGGUCAUCGCUCGAAAUCGCUCCCGUGGUAGCUCGUUGGGGUGAUUUCGGCGGGACGCGGAGCGAAACUCGGGCGAGAUGUUGUGUCCGAGGUUGCGCAGUAUCAUCAGUAUCGAGAGAUACACAGAAAGAAAGAGAGAGAGAGAGAGAGAGAGAGAGAGAGAGAGAGAACAGAGAUACUUGAUCUACCUGUUGUAGGUUUAAGACGAAAAUAAGGGAAAGACAGAUCGCAUAGCGCACUACAAAGCUACUAUCUUUAAACUACCACUAACUCCUUUAACUAUCCGAAUGAAAUAUUAACGUAUACCCGACAUACCCGCAUAUAGAGAUGGAAUGAUAAAUAAUGCACACCUACGCGCAUCACACUUACUCGCACACACACACAUAUACGAAGAAACACACACACGGUGACACGCGAGUUAACUCUAGGCCGUAGAUCUUAAGGCUGUACCUACUACAUCACGAAAUUUUAUCGGGGUGGCGUCUCGAGAGUCCCCGCGGAAAGAAACAGAGAAAGAGAUUCCCGCGCCGCAGAAUAUACUAUAUUAUAAGUAUAAAUACGAAUAAAAAUAUGUGGGGUAGGGGAGGGGUGGGGGAAAUGGGGAGGAAGGAGGAAGAUCAUACGAGCGGAGAGUUGGCGUAACGCUUACGCGCGUAGUAAUUAUUAUCAGCGACGAGGAUACGACGGUGGUGUUGCUAUGAGGAUCAAACUCGUCCCUUUUUGUGCACCACAGAGCCGUGCACUCGCGCAUCUCGAGUCGAAUCGGCAUGUUUCCACUCGCUUCCUCUGCGUUUUUUCGUCGUUCGACGUUGUAAAAUUAAUUUCUAUGACUAUAGGAAGAGACGAUCUCUUCCUGUUAAAUAAAGAUAACGAUAGGAUAAUAUUGAACGUAAAUUUUCACAAUGUCCUGAAAUACCUUCCAAGCGAUCGCUACGUAGCUUUUUAAUUCUCUCAAGCGAAUCUUUGAACAGACGAAUCUUCAGAGUUCCCUUGUUCGGGAUAAGCGGUGAAAUUAAUCAUUGUUUUAUUCUACCAAGGAUGUCGAGUUUCCCAAUCACGGAAUUCACGUACGCGAAGGCACGAACAUCGUCGCAUAUGCGUUGUGUUGCGAUGAUAUCGCUGCUCGAUAUCGUGACUCGAGGAUAUCGCGUGAAUAGAAAUGCGGCAGUGCACGGUGCUCGAAAUUGUUGUUAUUUUUUUAUAUAAACAUGUAUGUAUAUCGCGCGACUUGUCUCUCCAUGAAGAAAAGGGCGACCUUCGUCGAUCAUGACGAGCAGGAUGCGCGAUGUACUUGCAAAACGCGAUAGUUUCGGGCCGCUUUUCGAAGAAAGAAAAUGUGGGGCAGGGGGGAAGAGAGAGAGAGAGAGAGAGAGAGAGAGAGAGAGAGAGGGAGAGAGAGAAAGAGAGAACGAAAGAAAAUAUCAACUAUUAUUUUGUACUUUGGAGUAACGAGAGUGUGCGCGCGACAGUCGUCGUCCGCAGUUUGAGGGUGUGCGAAUGCAACUUGUACAUUGUUUUGUAAAGAAUACAUUUAUUUAUAUCUGUGAUAACGGGAGAGCGAGAGCGAGAGAAUGUGUGUGUAUAUGCGAUUUUUCCGUUUAACGGGAAAAAGAUAGGGAAAGACAAACACAAACACACAACAGAUCCACAUACAAGCACGUACACAGACAAGGCGUUUGCGGUAUUGGUAUACUCUGACGAAGAAGACGGUCGGUGCUCGUGCAUUCGUUGACACGUAUAUCAUAGUAUAAUUAUGCGAUAACGUUUUUGUAAAUAAUCAGGAGAAGUAGAGUCGCGAAAAAAAACGAGGGUCGAGCGUGCCGCUUCGCAGGCGGUACAGCUAACGACGAGCAGGUGUGGAGCGGUAAAUAAAAUGAAAAGAUUAUAUAUAUAAAUAUAACGCACGUUUUGUGUACAUUGUCGCACCCUCGUGAGAGAAUCUAUUUGUUGUGAAUAGUACAGAUAAUGAAGCAGAUAUACACUACGACUACUAGGUUUUAUUCGCUUGUUCGUACGGAUUCGAUUGUAAAGUAAUUAAAAACUGUACAUAGUUCUGAAUGUGAAUAUAAACAGAAUAUAUAUAUCUAUUAUUAUUGCAAUUAUUAUUAUUUUAUUAAUAUUAUUGUCUAAUGAUCACAUGAUAUAUGUGUGCGUAUGUGUAUGUGUGUAUAUAUAUAUAUAUAUAUGCACAUACAUAUAUAUAUAUACAUAUAAAUUCUUAUUAUAUUAAAAGAAAGAGUAUUACGUUGUAUGUUUACGCUUCAAACUUUCAUUUUCCGUCUACCUCAAUCACAUUACGAUACGAUUUUUAUUCAGUGUUAGUUUCCUGCCGUACACAGCGUUAUUUGCGACGACGACGAGGAUUUAUGAAUAAAAGACCACUUUAAUGUC